UUGAUUUGUACGUGCAAUACAUCUCUUAGAAUUAUUCUACAAUUAAAAAGUCUAUUCUGCGAUUUAAAAGUCAUUUUACAAGAAAAACUUUGAUUUUAAAAAUGUUUGCUGUAAUCUUUGUAUUUAUGCUUGUGACAACAUAUGCAGCUGAAAUACCCUCCUACAUCAACGUGUGUGGGCGCCAGAAUCCAAAUAUCAAUCAAUGCAUCAUAGACAAUAUGAACAAUUUAAAGAAUAAAAUUUGCGAAGGGCUUACGGAUUUAAAUAUUCCACCACUUGAGCCGUUCAAUAUUGACAAAUUAGUCAUUUCCGAAACUGCCAACAACAAAAUAUAUUUAAAUAAUGUACAAAUAACGGGACUUUGUGAUUUCAUCAUAAACUCUGUUUCUGUAGAUUUGGAUAAGAUUAUUUUCAAUAUUGACAUUUCAUUCAAUCGACUUUACUUAAAUGGCACGUAUGAUAUCGACAUACAUAUACUCGUGCCUAUUGCUUAUAAGGCACCUAUUUAUCUUACUACAGAUAACGCAAGUAUAAAAAUAAUCAUACAAGGGUCAAAGGCAAUUAAAAAGGGUAUAGAACAUAUAUAUGUAUCGGAAUUAAAAUCAAAUAUCGAUAUUAAAGGAUAUGACGCUCAAUAUGGUUUGAAAGAAAAUGAACUAAGUCAAUUAGGCCAAAUUCUUGGCGGUCUUAUAGGCAGCAAUCAGGAGGAAUUUCUUCAAAGAUUGAUUCCAUCAUUAGAGGAAGAGAUCUCCAAAUGGCUUAUCUCAAUUAUCAACAAUGUAUUUAAAACGUUCUCUUACGAGCAACUCUUCCCGCACCGUACAUAAUUUAGAACUUUACGUUGCAAGAUUGUUAUUCAGUCUAAAGGAUAAUUGAAAUAAAAUCUGUUACAAUAAUUUGAGAGAA